UACCUCCUUUUCAUUUCAUACAGCCCACUACUGCCCAAUCAGUUACCACUACCUUUCCCCUCUGUGCCAAUCAACACGCUCCCGAGCGGGAGGAUGCUCCCGUUCAGCUCUCCUGCCCCGAGUUCACUAUAGCCAUCAUACCUAUACACGCUGUGACCAAGACCUCCAUCCCUCCUUAAAGUACUUGCAUCGCCAUCACAAUUAGGGUGUCACUGUUCGACAAUUGUGUAUUUUCCGAAGUUACCUUCACGAUGCAAGACAACGAGGCUGUUCAUGAUCCCGACGCCGGGUGGAAGUCGAAGAACCGCCCUCAGUCGACUGUCGCCCGCAACUUUUCUGCUGCCCUCGACGAUCUUUUUAAGAUGGAUAAUGACCUCGACAGUCUAUCCAAGAACGUCCAUCAGAAGAAGCAAGCAGUCACAUCACAAUCAGCUGAGCUGGAGGCCCUGGAGGCGCGGCUCAAGGCAGCAGAAGAACGCCUGAAGAAUGCUGGCAAAAAUCCCGCACCUUUUCCCAACUCGCGGAAGAACAGCCAGCGACGUACACCAGUGAAGGGAGCAUUUGGAGAGGAUGGCGACGGCUCGAAUGGCGCUCCCUCAAGUCCUCUAGCCCAGCAGUCGAACGACGACUCGAGGCAGCAAACAAACGGUCAUCCGGAUUAGACUUGAUCAUCUUCUAUAACAUCACAAGUAAGAGCUCUUCAGAGCCAAACCCCGAGUCUAGGGUGGUAGGGAUAUAAAGUCAGCACUACAUCAGGGACGUGGUGCGGCAGCAUAUUUUUGGCGCAGUGCUGUGUCACAAGAGGGACCUGCACCUUCGGGGGUUUGUAUACAUAAUAACUAUUUGACGUCAGUUUUACGCAUCGACCAAUACGAGUCUCAGCAUUAUCUAUUAGGCGCUUACUUCCAAAUAUACAAUAGUCAAUAAGGCUGGCUACCUGUUCUCGGUCCAUAGACUUCAAUCUCUAAAAGUGAC